UAGUUAGAAUAUCCAAAACGAGAGUCUCCAUUUAUUUAAGGUGUUAUACAGGUUACCUGUACGUUUGUCGGUGACCUGGAGGGACAAUAUAUAUAUGGUUUAGAUGGAUUCUUUAACAACAGUGUACUGCCUUCUAGGCUUGUUUAGUGCAAGUUUGGCGCUUGAGUGUUACGUGUGUGAGAAUCAGGGAGACAAUCGAGACAAGUGUGUGAAGACCACCAUCCAGUGCCGAGAGAACCAGGACACAUGCAUGACCAGGGUGCACUGGCAUGCACCUGAAUUCUGGACACCGCGUAGUGUAAAGAUUCACCAUGUUUACAAGAGCUGCAACUCCUCCAAUUUCUGUGCAAUGGAGCAGCGUCGGCUUGGACUGACCUGCAUGAGAGACUGGUACAGGGACUGGGAGUGUGUGGAGUGUUGCCAGGGUGACAGAUGCAAUUACUACACAACAUUGGAUGCAUCAAGCAUAAAAGCCAGCGCAACACUUCUCACGGUUUCCAUGGUGAUCCAUUUUGUGUUCAGAAUAACAGACACACAAAAUAUCUUGCCAUCGUUCCCCCAUGUUGUAUAAUUUGGAUAUUUGAUGCCCAAAGUCCAAAUUCAUUUUCAUAGACACGGUUUACCAUUCCUCCUGAAUAAUUAUUUUGAAUCAGCGAAAAAACAGAAGGCAAUUCCUGACAAUGACACAUACAGACUUUAGUGUUUCUAACCCCCAUUCUCAAAGUCAUUCGUGUUCUUUAUUAUCAAAUACUGUGCUUUUCCAGCAGCCCCUUCUCAAUACUCCUCUCUUUUCAUUAGUAUGAGUUUAAAAUUGUGUUUAACUUGUUUAGGCUGAAGAUUCAAAAUUCUUAAUUGCACUCAAAUCCUGACCAGCAUUCAGUUUGGGUGAAAUGUCUGGUGACAAUCAUCUUCCAUUAGAGAUGAGAAGCACUUUGAAAGGGAAAGAUAAUCAAAGGUGUGAUUAUAUUUUACCCAAAUAUUGCCUCAAAAUAUUGAAAUGAUAUAAGCUAUCCGAGUCUGACUUGACGAGUGGUUUUAUACUUACAUAGUUACAUGAUUGUUAACUGUCAUCAAUAUAUAUAUAUAUAAAUAAUGAACAGAUGGAGUAUAACACAGAUAUAGCCCACAACUUGGUAAUGUUCUACAUCAGGUGAAUGUCGUGACUGGGUUUUACUGCAGUCAAGCCAGUCUUCAAGUGAAAAUCUUGCCUCUGGUUCUAUUAGAAUGUAUUUUUUUAAUCCACCUUAAGACAUGUACAGGGAUGUUUAUGAUAACCAGUUAUUCCCUCUGUCUACAUGAUAUGUGGACAUUAACAAUACAUCUCAUUUUCAUGUCUGCUUAUUGUUUUGCCCUCAUGUAGAAUUAAAGUACCAGUUUCUCCAGGUCCUUCCUGUGCUGGGUGGAACAUCUUUGUACAUACCCAUACUGUGUAUCCAGCAUAAUGUUAAAUGCAACAAAAAACAAAGUUACUUUCCCUCAUUUUCAGAAUUACAAAAAAAGGAUUUUAUAUCUUGAUAGAUAUGUUGUUGAUUGAGAUAUUGAUGUGAAUAUUAUUUUUAUACAGGGAGUGUAUAUCAUGUAAUUAGUGAUGAAAGUUCACAAUCAUUCCUGUACAUAGAUUUCUGCAUUUGUAAUCAUUUUAAUUAGCAUUUUCAUGAUCAUUAGAAUGUAUAUAGUUUUCAUAGUUUUCAUAAACAUGCUCUCACUUUGCUAGUUACUGGAUGAAAUAACUCACAGGAAAGCAAUGACUUUUUGUCAGACCUUUUAGACAUUGGACUCUAGCAUAGGUUUUAUGUAAACAGACGUAAUAAUUUACUGUUGAUGAAGUGAUCGUUUAAAGGCAAAAUACAUUUGACAAAUAGUGUGCCUCCAAUUUCAACAUCACAAUAAAUUUUGAUAAUACAUGUAGUUUGGUCAUAUAAAGUUGUAUGUCAAUGACAAUUAUUGUUAUAAAAUCUAGAUAACUAUUGGCCAUGUUGGCAGCAUAGGAAAGUAACCAUGAUAAUUUUGAGCACUAUUUUUACCCCAUGUACACUGGCAACAGGCACAGCCAUAUGCUUGUAUAUACAAUACAUAGUGGUUCUACUUUUUAUCCCUGUAACAUUUUAUAUAAAUGUAUGAAUGUUUUAUGGAAUAUGGAACAUUUUUAAUAAAAUAUUUUGAAUAAAAUCCUGUGAAAUCUG